GCAUAAGAGUGGAGUAGUGGACAGAUACAGAUUUUGUGGUAUUUAUAACAUAAACUUUUACUCUCCAAUUAUUGCCCAUUAUCACUAUAUGGGGGGAUUCCAUGCUAAAAACCUGAAGCAAUCAAGAGGAGUAUGCAAGCAGAUAUCUCCACCAGGAUUCCAGCCAGAAAUGGCACGUGUGCCAAUUACUGCUUCCACAGCUCCAGCAUUCAUGAAGCCCUUUGUUGCAAAGCCUCCCUCAGCAUUUUAUAUGAGACCUUACAUUUGUCAUAUUUGUAGUAUUAUCUUUACAUCUUCAGAAAUGUUCCGGUCCCAUAUGCGAGGAAAUGAACAUCAAAUCAGAGAAACCCUUGUUAUCAGUCUAGUGAAGAAUUCAAAAACACAAGGGACUUGCCAAGGUCAACGUGAAGAGGAUAUCAACGUGCAGAAUGCCAGAGAACUAGAGUCACACUCUUGUUUCAGAAAGAUGGACUCAAGCUCCGGGGAAGCUCGGGGGUAUGGAGAAGUGUUUCAUUUUGGACCAAGGCAUAGAGUGUUUGAGCAAAGAUUCUCAUAUGAGAAUUUCCAAACAUACCCAAGACCACAGAAUAUUUCUCAAGCAGGGGAAAACCAGUUACUUCAGUAUUUACCAGCUCAUUCACAGGAGAGGUCUCACUCUUUCAUAGACGAAGUGGAUGAUAACAUUAAAAUGCAGAGAGGCAAAGAAUUAGAACCACAGCCCUGUUUCAUAAGGAUGGAAGAUAGCUUUAUCGCAACCUAUGGGUACAAAGAAGUGAUUGAUUCUGGACCUAGGCAUAGAUAUUUUGAACAAAGAUUAUCAUUUGCACCUUUCCAGACCCACCAAGAACCAUGUGCAAUUUCACCAGUGGAAAACAAAUUAUAUAGGCCACUAACUCCUUCUAAGAGGACAUAUGACACUUUUCAAGAUGAGCUUGAAGAUUACAUCAAAGAGCAGAAAGCUAGAGGACUAGAACCAAAGAUAUGUUUCAGAAAGAUCGAACAUCGCUCUGUGGAAACCCAUGGGGACAGAGAAAUGACAGAUUUUAGACCUAGCCAUCAAAUGUGCGAGCAAAAGUACCCAUUUGAGACUUUUCAGGCUUGCACAGAAUCACACAAUACUUCACAAACAAUAGAAAACCAGCUACCUCAUUGCUUGCCAAGUCAAGAGAGCAAAGAAAGACUAGACUCUAUAAACUAUCAACUCACCAGACACUGUGAAAAAUCAGCACACUUGAGCCUUAGUGAACAGGAAAGUGACUCUAGUCCAUACUAUAUAGAAUCGGAAUCAUACAAGGACCCCUCCCCAGAAAACAAUGCCAGUGACAAUCAAACAGGUCAUAUACGGAGACAUCAAAAGAGAAGGAGGCAUCUGGAAGAGGGAGUAGAAAAGACAGAGAAGGAGCAGUCCAAGCAUAAACGAAAAAGAAGGUUUGAAGGUGCGAAUUUAGAAGACAAGAAUAUCCAACAAAAGGAAGGGAUAGCGGAUGAAGUCUGUGUUAGUCCAGGAAAGCCUAAGCAUCGAAAGAAGAAAAAAAGCCACGGUGCAGCCUCUGAGAAAGCACAUAGGCACAGAAAAGAGAAAAAGAAACACGUUGAAGAGAAGACAGAAGAGGAAAUGCUUUGGGAUGAGUCUAUUCUUGGAUUUUGAACUUUUCCGUUGUUUACCCAAGGAUGAAGAAGUCAGUUAAGAUAGGAUUUUGCUAAAGAUAGGAGCAUCUGCUGAAGAAAUGAAGAAGAGUAUAUAAUCAGUAUCAAUUCAGGAACGCUUAAGAAUUGAAAAAAAAUUUUUUUAAAGUCUAAGCCAGGCUUCUGCAAAGAAGAACAUAAGUGCAGAAACUCAGCCAGCAGCUCCGCUGGAGCUGUUAAUCUGCUUCCAUGGAGAUUGUAUCCAGGAAAGCUCUUUGUGGCAGUCCUGUGCUGUCACAUGAUGUUGCCAAGUGUCAGAAUUAACUGUGUAGCACCCAACAACAACAAGGGCAGAAAAGACAAGAGAAACCUGUUAAAGAAAAAUGGAAAGGGCAAUGCUCUGGGGUGAAUGUAUUCUUGAAUUUUGAAACUUUUUUGUUCUGGUACCCCAAUGUUGAUUUUUUUUUUAAAUUGAGGUUUGAUGAAAUUCAUAUUAUUAGAUUUGCCUUAGGUGGAUUGGUACUUGAAACUUCUAAGAGUCAAGUGAAGUCAAAGUACAGUGAACCCUCGUU